AAACUUCACCAAUUCACCAAAAAAAAACCAGUAGACAAACGAGAAAACGCCAUCUGCAAAAGUCUGUCUGUCACUAGUAGCAAUUUCAACAACUAUCGCUAACGAAACGCGAAAAGUGGCACAUAAUUAGCUGAGCAACGAUAAUUUUUGCGCACCCACAGAAAAUCCUCACCAAACUUACCCCACCCCCGCACAAAUUCGAAAUUUUUCGGUUUUCAUAUCCGCAAUUUUGAGUUGGUUGGAGCUUGAAGAAGACUUAACGAAUUAAAAAGCUGCUGCAGCGCUAAACAAUAAGUUGGGGAUUGGAUUUCAUAAUUUGCAUAUUUAAAUUAUGCCAGUGACAUCAGCAUUAGCAUCAGCAACGACGCCUGCAAGGUAGGCAAUUCGUUUAUGACCGCAAAAUUAUGAUGGCUGAUGCAUAAAAAAGCUGGAACGCUUGUAAGUUUGGCAGGCCGCCUACAAAAACGACGACGACGAUAAUAGCUGCUGGCACGAGGACGACGAUGAUGUUGAUGAUGACGGAAUCUUCGAGUGGCGGUGGCCAUUGUUGGAAUUCAAUGGACGGCAACAUUUGCUGGGAACUGCGACAGCUGAACCAGAUCUACUCCAUUCAGCACUACGAAAUACGAUGGAAGCCACUGGCCUAGGUCCUGGUGCUGGUCCGAAUGAAUCGAAAUCACCAGCACGCCAAGUUUAGCUGCAGACACUCCACCGGGGACAAGAGGAGGAUCCUCGAAAAAGAUAACGAAAAAAUAACAAGCUGCUGGAAUUGCGCCCGAAUAUAGGCACCAGCAACAUAGAAAAGCGGAGCCACGGGAAAAAACCUAAAGCAAAAGCAAACUCGUAGGCCGUUGGCCGGCAACAUUUUCAAGCUUCCGUUCCGUUCCGCCGUUUCGUUCCGACAGCUGCCGCGUUGCAACCAACAUUUCGUUCCAGUGAUAGCAUUUAAUUGAGCAAUCGUCGUCUGUAUGAUUUAGUUGCUGAAAAAGGAUCAUUUACUCAACGUCCGCUUUUUAACUGGCGAAUCUAAGUAAGGCGCUAAGUACACAACGAGGGAAAAAACGAAAAAAAAGCAAACAAGUUCUUACUCAUUCCGUUAGAGCAGAAUUCAGUUUAACAGCAAAAAAAAGGCGCAUCAUUGAAGCAGAAAGUAAAAACCCAGUAAAUACAACAAACGUUUCUGAGUUUGAUGCUGGGGACAAGUCAACACAGCCAGGGACAGUUCCAUUGAAAGGACGAACUUACAGCGCGAGAACGUAAAAUUCCAUCAAGCUUUCAAAAAGCGGUAGACGAAAAAAAACGCGAGCCAUUUGAAGAUCAUCUUGAGCAAGAAAGAAAUAACGGCGCCGUACGGUGAAACUUUUGGAGUACUUCCACCAUAACAACUGGAGGGAAAAAAAGCCAAAAAAAACCAAGAAAAAACCAAAUCAUCAAAAAGGAACCGUAGCGCGUGGCAGCAGUUUGUCAAAAAGGAAAAAGUGAGGCAGAAGGAGCAAAAGCGGAUGUUCCUUCGCCCGGAUGUGGACUGUCUCUCGGGGAAGUUUCAAGUGCCAUCUGAAAGCUGUCCGGAAGAGCUCGUCGUCUCCAUCAUCAUAGAGCGAGACAAGUGUUUUGGGGUCCUUAGGAGGAAGAAAAACCCCUCCCCUGGAUACAAAGGGUUACUUCCUGCGGACACACGAGCGCUUUUCGGGUGGCAACAAGCCCCUGAAGCUUGCGGGAAAAAGUGCUUUGGGUAGGAUAGAAAAUUUAGUGAGCGCGGGUUUUAUUUUCAUUGCUUUAUUUUCAAAUCAGUUUCCGUUUCAUUUGACGCGAAAAUUCUUGAGCAACCAACGGAAAAGAACAAAUCCUACACAACACUUGAUGCUAAGCCAGAAACGACGCUAGGCUAUCAUCGUUCGUUUUAGCCAUGAACGACGUCGUCGUCUUGGUCGGAUUUCAACUGAGGUGGAUUAAUGCCAUCGAUUGUGGCGCCUGUGGCAGUGAAACGGUGAAAUGUGUGAUGGCCCAUUUGUGGAAACAGCCGGGGUGCGUUACGGGCCGGAAACAGUGAAAAAGGCGGAAACAAGUCGGUAUUAGGAUUACCCGACAUCAGGAAGGUGCCAGUAGAUAGAAAAGAAGAACAGUUACGACCACAGCCGGCUAGCGGAAGCCCCAUUCAGGUGGUUUAUAAUUAAGAACAAGCAGCUCCCCACGAGUGCUCUCGUUAGUGUAUGUGCGCGGCUAAAAGAUGAACAAAAAUGCAAAACCAAACGACUUGACAGAAUUCUUUGCGACAGGUGUGGCUAUGAGCAUGAACAUUGGGGUGGAGAUACCGUGAAACGGUUAGGUUCGAGUGGGAUUGGAAGAAGCAAAUAGGAGAUAGCAGAGUGUAUGAAUAGAAGUGUUAAUUAGUAUAAAAAAAGUAAUUAUAAUUUUAACCACCCCUUUUCUAUAAGAAUAUUAUGCCAAAGUGUUGGAAAAGAAAACCGACGGGCUAUGUUUGUGAUGCUGUCAGUUCGCACAACAGCCACCGUUCGUGAACGGCCAGCCGAGACGGUCAAAAAGGCGAUCAACAUUAACCAGCUCAUCAAGAACAUCCACAACCGGAAACAGCAGCAGCAGCAGCAACAGCAAAUCGCCAACAAAAGUGCAGCGGAAGGGUUGAACAAUCAACUCGUGAGCCCGGCUGACCAGCAGCGCAAGAACAGAAAGAACAACCGAAACAACGAAGAGAAACAACACUCAAACAAGGCAUCAGCAAAUCAGAAGAAUCUACAGCAAGACAAAAACAAUUACCAAAAGACACAGGGCGAUAAGAAGAUCGACAAAACGACGUCGAUCGAAACAAUAGGAGUGCUCGCAGCGAAGAAUAAAAACUCAACAAAGCAACAGCACAGCAGUCCGAACGUUCGCCUAGGACAAAUACAGGAAGAGGACUCGACGAGCAACAGCCUAUCGACUGUGUCGGAAUCGCAACAAACGAAACAGCAACAAGAAACAAAACAAUCGGAACCGUUGCGGCAACAGACAACGGUAAUCAUUGACGUGACAACGAAUUCGGUUUCGUCGUCGGAAAAGCAAGAUCAACAGCAACAGGGUACAACAAACCAGAACCAAACGCAACCGGACCGGAAAUCGAAGACGACCUUUCUACUGCCGGAGCUUAACAACUUCAAGAAACCACCAACUGUACAGGUACCAGUAGCGACCAUACUGAACGAUCUCAGUCCCGUGCCUGCGCCAGCCAAAGUCACGAAUCAAAUCUCCAACUCGAAACCUAUGAGUCCUAUGAACCCCGCCGGGCUACAGAGUAACUCGCCGGACGUUAAGGCCAUGCGGUACUACAGAUUGUGGAUCUACACGUGCAACGCUGUGCUCUUGAUGGCGGUAAUUGUAUUCUGCGGAGUUGCGGGCAAAAUUCUACUCUCCGACUACAAGCGCCUGCUGGUGAACGGGUUGAGUCUGACGCAGCCGAGCUUCAUCUACGCGUACCUGGCGCUGCUGGUGCAAUCAGGUUUCUUGCAACUGAUAGGGUGUCUUGGUGCCUUACGACUAUCGGAGAAAUUACUAAACGCUUACUGGUUGCUCUUACUGCUACUUUUGAUAGGGGACGCAAUGUUGGGCAUAUUUUGGAUGUUCAAAUUCGACAAAGUGAUGAACGACCUGCAGCCGAUGCUGAAAGCCCGGCUGGCCAAUGAAUAUGGAAAUUCGAUGGAAUUAACGGAACUCUGGGACCGGUUGCAGAACGAGGGACGAUGCUGUGGCGUUUCCGGACCACAAAGCACCACACUUCAUUCCGAAAUGCUCUACACUCGUUUCCGAGUACAGCCGGAGCCAAGUGCCGAGCAAAACCGAUGCCCCAAUAGCAACACUACUGUGUGA